GUGAACUGCAUUAAAAUGCGGGAAAUCGUACAUAUACAAGUUGGGAGAUGUGGAAACCAAAUUGGUUCAAAGUUCUGGGAGGUAAUAUCGGAUGAACAUGGCAUUGAUCCUAAUGGAUGCUACUCCGGAGAUUCGGAUCUUCAACUAGAAAGAAUCAAUGUGUACUAUAAUGAAGGUGCUGGCAGCAAAUAUGUACCAAGAGCUGUGUUAGUGGACCUUGAACCUGGCACUAUGGACUCUUUACGAGCAGGACCUUAUGGACAAAUAUUCCGACCUGAUAAUAUUAUUUAUGGGAUGACAGGAGCAGGCAAUAAUUGGGCCAAAGGACACUUUACAGAAGGUGCAGAUUUGCUUGAAUCUAUUCUUGAUGUCGUCAGAAAAGAAGCUGAAGGGUGUGAUUGUUUACAAGGGUUCCAAGUAGUUCACUCAAUCGGAGGUGGAACCGGGUCUGGAUUGGGAACUUUAUUGCUGUCCAACUUAAGAGAAGAAUAUCCUGACAGAAUUAUUGUUACGUUCUCCGUUGUUCCGAGUCCUAAAGUAUCAGAUACUGUUGUGGAACCUUAUAACGCUACUUUGUCUUUAAAUCAGUUGAUAGAAAAUUCUGAUCAGUCGUUUUGUAUAGACAAUGAAGCUUUAUACGAUAUAUGUUUCAGAACGCUUCGAUUGCAUACUCCCACUUAUGGGGAUUUAAAUCAUUUAGUAUCAGCUACAAUGUCUGGCGUAACUACUUGCUUACGAUUUCCCGGACAACUAAAUGCUGAUUUACGAAAGUUAGCUGUGAAUAUGGUACCAUUCCCGCGAUUACACUUCUUCAUGCCUGGAUUCGCGCCUCUCACGUCACGUGGUAUUCAAAAGUAUCGGGCCUUAACCGUUCCGGAGCUUACUCAGCAAAUGUUUGACGCGAAAAACAUGAUGGCAGCUUGUGACCCACGACACGGACGCUAUCUUACAGUAGCCGCAGUUUUCAGAGGAAGAAUGUCUAUGAAAGAAGUCGACGAGCAAAUGUUAAAUAUACAAAAUAAAAAUAAAGAUUAUUUCGUCGAAUGGAUACCGAAUAACGUGAAGACAGCUGUGUGUGAUAUCCCACCACGAGGGCUGAAAAUGUCCGCUACUUUUAUAGGCAAUACAACGGCGAUUCAGGAAUUGUUUAAGCGAAUUGCUGAGCAGUUUGCGUCGAUGUUUAGACGAAAGGCGUUCCUUCAUUGGUAUACUGGAGAGGGUAUGGAUGAGAGCGACUUUACUGAGGCUGAUAAUAAUGUCAGUGAUUUGAUAUCAGAGUAUCAGCAGUAUCAAGAUGCGACCAUUGAUAAUCAGGAAUUUGAAGAAGAAGAGACUGCACCGAAUGAUGAUAGUGACGAAUAG